AUGGGCAGCAUCAGCGGUAUCGCACACUACACCCUUGUGAUUUUCUGCCGAGAGUCCAGUUCCUCCAGUGAUGAAUGGCGAUCUGUCUCCAUGACUCUUUUCAAGGGGGACUACUUUUCUGUGUCCAAGAUGCUGCUCUUUGUGAAGUUAUGGACUCCAUUUCACAGCAUAACUUUUCAACAGAUCGAGAUCACAACAUUAUGUCUUCUGUCUCCUAAACCUGUAGGUGCCUCAGACACAGUUAUUCGCAUGGUGACUAAAAAACAGUCUUCUGGACGAGAGCUGCGAAAACGCUGCCUGAAGGAAGUCUCGGCCAAGUUGGCUCCCCAAACUUCACCAGUGCAGCCACUAGCCAUGCAACCUUGCCGAGUACUACAGAGGGUGAAGCUCUGCGUCUUAGAAGAUUCUGAUUCAGCUCAUGCUUUGUUUGUGCGAUCAAUUUAUCUCGUAUGCCAUCGACUCAUCUCUUCGUGGAAGAGUGAUGUUAAUGUUUCACUUGCUGGGCUGGAGCUGCUCUCUGGUUUGGCACGUCUUAAUAUUGCAGAGCAAGGAUCUGCACUCAACCAUUGUUGCAGCAUUCCAUUGUGCAAGUGUGUGGCUGGUUGCUCACCCAUACCUACUCCAGGAUAAAGAAUGUCUGUCAACAGUACUGGAAGUUGUGGAGCUUGGCAUCUCAGGAUCAAAGUC